AUGCAGCGCACACAUGGUCUCGACGUUCAAAAGAUCCGCUGCCUUUGGCUGAUAUCAUUCAUUCAGGACAUGAGAACUUUCAUGGGAUCGUUUUACUCCACAGGCCUUUCUGGAUACCCUACUGCUCAUGCGGCAGUCGAGCUUUUGCGUCAAAAUUUUCAAAACUCCGCUAGGGCAUCUUCCUCUAGCCAGAAUACUAUGGAAUGGGAAGAAGAAUUGCUCAGUUGUCUUUUCUCCCUCAGCGUGCUGAUACAGGACUCGAUAUCUGUCCUGUCUGAUGGUGCGUCAACAACAGCCAAUGGACCAAGCACCCUGGAUGGACUAGAGAUCUACCUACGUUCUUCACAACACAUGUGGAUGAGUUCAGUCUACAAAUUGCGCAUUGUCUUGUUUGAAAGCCUUGCAAUACUUUUUGAGGAUGGGGGGUCCAAAAUGAAUUACGUUACGGACCUGGUGCAAGUUCUAGGCACAUUGAGUUUGGAAGCACGCCAGGGUGUCGAAAAUUGUCUUCUCAAUCUGCUUAACAGUCUUGGCAACAAUAACAAGUUAGUGGUAGAUGAUUGUUGGACGCCAGAUUCGCUUUUGUCGUCCAUGCACGGGCAUUAG